GUUUGCAAGGAUGAGGCCGCCAGCUGCCAUCAGCGUGUUUCUGCUCUCUUUGUUGGCCCCUGGAGUUUUAUUCACAAUGAACAACAUCCCGGAGCUUCAGGAGCCUCUUCCAAUUCUGGGAAUGGGAAUGGUCAUCCUGGGAUCAGUUCUUCUACUCCUCCAUCUCACAGUUCAAGACAAGACAAAAGUGGACCCUUUAUUUUAUGUGUUCGCAGAGUUUUCCUUCACGUGCAUGGUGGGCUUGACCAAUGCUUUAGAGCAGGAUGGGUUCAUCUCUGGAUUCAUGAACUUCUACAUCAGGCUGGGCGAGCCUCAUCUUAGUACUGCCUAUGCUGUGAUGAUGUCCUAUUGGGAGGGUGUUGUGCACUUUAUCCUGUUCCUUACAAUCAUCCAGCGCAUGUUUGCAGGGAAGUCCUACAGAAGUCUGGGUCUGCUGUGGGCCGGAUCCUCCAUCGCCCACCAAGUCGUCUUCAUCCCAGGAGUGGUCAUCGGAAAAUAUGGGUCUAACAUUCGACCGGCCUUUUGGAGGAACGUCCCCUUCUUUCUGGCGCCUUUCUGGGCAGCGUCUGUGCUCUUUAGCAGACCGAGAGAGAUGCCAGUCGUUACAGCAGACAAGAUUACUGCGGAACAGAAGAAAGGCCUGCUGUCUCGACCGGUUGACCUGCUUCUGUCUCUCCUGUUACUCGGAGCCAUGGCUUUCUCAGUUUUCAGAGGCUUUGUGGUUCUUGACUGCCCUUUGGACACCUGUUUCACCUACAUUUAUCAGUACGAGCCAUACCUCAAAGACCCGGUUGGCUUUCCCAGGGUUAUGAUGCUGGUUUAUUUGUUCUACGCUGUUCCCCUGCUCACCGUCCUCAUCUAUGGUCUGAAGACUCCCGGCUGCAGCUGGAUGUUGGACUGGACCAUCUUCUUUGCAGCUGCCAUGGCCCAGACCCAGUUCUGCCAUAUCGGUGCGUCUCUGCAUUCCCGCACUCCCUUCACGUACAGAGUCCCCACGGACAGACGGUUGCCUGUGGUCAUUCUCAAUGUGCUGCUCGCUGUCGCUCCGGCCCUGUUGGCUCUGCGCUGCCACACCAGCCCCGGUUAUUUCAUGAAGCCCGUUCCUCGGGGACAGACCGACAAACAGAAGAAGAAAAACUAGACCGAACGGCAGAAGUUUACUGUGGGGGAUUAUUACCUCUCGAGGUGACAGAAAUGGUCUUUUUCGUGGGAUUUUCUUUGGCCCAAAAACUUUUUUUCUACAUGCAUUUUUCAAAACUAAAACUCAGAGGGACUUUAAGAACAUCGCUCCCCUGGCCAGUUUUUAAAAUCCAUCACCUCACGUGGCACUCCCUGCAUGGACUAUUGGACCAUGAUAAGGCUGACAGAGGUGAGGACUGCUAUCAGAUUGCGCAGCUUUAAGGUGACUCAUGGAGAUACCCAGUUGGUCUCUGUCCAAACGUAAACUGCUAACCUGCAUUGCCUUGGUCACCACGGUCGGAGUGAGAAUAUGCUUGUUUUUGUGUAGAAAUCCAGACCAAAACUCCACAAAUCCACUUGUCAAUAUUUUUACUAGCCUAAAAUGUUGAAAAUGAGUGGAAACUGUCACAGUUUUUUAAUGUGUUAACUCAGUGUAUCAGACUCCAGGAGAAUCCACUGAAUGUUUGCAAUGCUGUAUUAAUUAAAAAUGGUUGAUAAGAUAAAGGAGGAACUGAAAUUGACGAUAAUUUAAUUAGGCUGAAUAUUUGCUAAUAAAAGGAAUUGACUUAAUAACAUGAAAUAUCAGAUGGUACAUCUCUAUUCCCUCUAGCACAUCGGGGUGUUGUCAGUGUAUUCCUGUGUUUUGUUUUGUUUUUGUUCAUAUAAAUUAUCCAAAUUGACAGAAACCGAACUAUAUAUUUUUGGCUUAUGUGUUUAAUAAACAACUUUAAUGAUCAUAUA